AUGAUCAUACUCCGUUUUCAGUUCACGCAACUCUCGCACCUGCAACAGCAUAUUCGUACGCAUACCGGAGAAAAACCGUACAAAUGCAAGUAUACUGGUUGUGAAAAAGCUUUCUCGCAACUCAGCAAUCUACAAUCGCAUUCACGAUGCCAUCAAACCGACAAGCCCUUCAAGUGCAAUAGCUGCUAUAAGUGUUUCUCAGACGAGCAGAGCUUACUGGAACACAUCCCAAAACAUAAGGAGUCAAAACACUUGAAGCCUCCAAAGAGGGUCAAGGAAUUUCUCAGGAAUCCGGCCGACGGCCACGUUCCAGUGCCAGCUUCUCACCCUAUGAGGUGUAAAAUGUGA